AGCAGGGGAUGAAGAAACAUCCAGGUACAAACGCUUGGAUUGUUGUCAUUGUUAUUGUUACCAUUUGUUUGGCAUUUUUCCGCAUUUCUUCUGUUCGGUAUUACCAAAAUCACGAACAAUUCAGUCACGAAGGCGAUGCAUUCCGAAUUCGCGAAGAUGCAUUAGCUUCUAACGAUGUUGGAGCCCAUCCCCGAACGUUGGCAAAGUUCACCGAAGAACCUCUGAGAGCGAAUCAAAAUUACGUGGAACAUCCCGAUGAAAACUAUGCUGAGCAAAUUCUUUUUUAUCAGAAAGCCAUACUUUUGGACGCUACUGCGGAAAUUGACACGGUGGCCCCGUUGGAACGCUCGCCAGAGCUCGAUGGCACUCCGGUGCGGAAUGUGAUCUUGACAACGUGGCGAUCUGGCUCUACGUUCCUUGGUGAUCUUAUGAUCAGUCAUCCUCGCACAUUUUACCAUUACGAACCAUUACUUCCGUUUGGAAUCAACCGCGUGCGAGCGGACUGGAAGGGUGGCUCUUUAACCACCAACGCCACUGUUGCUCUGAAACUUCUGAAAGACCUGAUGAUGUGUCGUUACGCAAAUUUAUCCGACUAUCUGGAGUUCGGGAAAUCGCAUAUUUACCUAAUGACGCACAACGAAGCUUUGUGGCCGCGUUGUAGACGGCUAGUCCCAGACAGUGAGUUGUCUGGAUACGCACAAGAUAUUCGCAAUGAUGCGGACCCUGCAUCAUUCGUCGACCGAACUUCCCGUGUGCCUUUGUAUGACAACAGCCUAUGUUUCGAUGCACGCUUUCUGAGCAGACUAUGUGCUAUGUUUCCCGUUCAAGCCAUCAAGACUGUGAGAUUAGGCUUGGCGGCCGCAGAACCACUUAUAUCAGAUCCAAGAAUGAAUCUUCGAGUGCUCUUGCUUGUGAGAGAUCCGCGCGGAACGAUGGAAUCCAGACGACAUCGUGAUUGGUGUCCUGGUAAUGCUGAUUGUGAUGACCCGGUGAAACUGUGUGGUGACUUGAUAGCGGACUAUCACGCAGCCGAAGUUCUCACGCGAAAAUAUCCCGGGAAAGUCAGGGUGGAACGAUAUGAAGAUUUUUCGACCGAUCUUGAAAACUCUGUUCCCAAAAUCUUCAAGUUCCUUCGUCUGGCUUUCACGAAUACGACGAAGAACUUCUUAGAGUCUCACACCAAGGUUAAUGUCGGUGGUGUCAGCAGUACAUUCAGAGACUCGAAGCGAGCACCCUUUGAAUGGAGGUACAAAUUAUCACUAGAAGAAAUCGAUCUUGUUCAGCGACCCUGUCGGAAAGCGAUGAAGCUUUGGGGAUACAAACUAAUGAAUACUACUGAAAUACGGACGAAGCUGAACAUGGAUGAAUUUAACCCACUGGUGAAUGGCUACAAAUUGCCAUUCGUGUGAUUGAACGUGUAAAACCGGUGAUGUGCCCUAAAUUUUGGGGACUUGAGCGACGAUGCUGCCGGGGAAAGGUUGUUCGCGACUACUUAUCGACGAAUCGUGAUUGCUUCAUUUUUCGUGUUUUUAAAUGCUUAAAAAAAUAUUGACUCUUUCUCCGACGAGGAGAAAAAUUCCAGUAUUCUCAGAACUUGCUUUUGGCCACCGAGCUUCAUGAUUGAUAGAAGAAAAAUUUGCAUUUGUUUUUCCAACUUUUGGGACAUGUUUUUCAAGGAGAGCCUUUGCUCACUUCAAUGGAACCUUGGGACCAGCUUGAUGGCAUAUAUUUUUGGUGACUGAGCGAACAGAUUCUGCAAGAAAAUUUUUGAAUGUUUUCGUUGAUCAGUAUUCCUUUUAGUAUUAGUUCAUGUCCCGACCAUGAUGCUGAAAGGGUGUAUUGUUUUUUACUUAUUUUCAGGAAAUUUUUUAUAUUUUAUUGC